UGCAGGGAGUGUGGCACCACGCCUCCCCCUCUCUCCGCCACUCCAUCCUCUCCUCCCUCCUCUCCAUCCUCCCCCACACGCCGUCCCUCGGCUCUCGGGCCCUCAGCUUCUCCCAACUCCUCUCUCUCUCUCCUUGCUGACCUGGCGUCCAGUCAGCAACCAGCUGGCACUGCUGAGCUGGUGUCGCAAGCCGCUACCACGCUACUGGUGCAGCUGUCGCAGCAGAGUCGUGCAGUGGCCAACCACCCCAGUGCCUCUCUCAACUCCGCGUUGCAUAAGUUGCUGGGUGCAGAAGAGGAUGGGACUGGUGCUGCCGGUGCUUCUGCUGCUGUGGCGGCGGCUGCUGGUGCCGGUGGUGGUGGUGGUGGUGCUGCUGGUGCUGGCAGUGGUGGGAAGAAGGUAGUGGGGGCGUCAGUGUGGGGGUUGGCGGAUGGGGAGCCGUGCGCAGUGUGUGCGUACCCCGAGGCAGUGUGUGGGAGUGUGAGGAUGGAGAGUGUGCGGCAGGAGGUGCGCUUCUCAGACUGCCGCAUCUUCGUUCGCCUGUCGGAGCCACACCUCAUCAAGGGUUUCACCAUGGCGGUGCACGACUCAAGGAGGGGCCGCUCUGUCAAGGACCUUCGCCUGCUGGGGAGCAACAGUGCCGCCUGCGACCUGCAGCAGAUCAAGACCGCUACAGACGAGCUCUGCCGCCCGAUCGCUCGCUGCCAGCUGGCGGCCGACCAGCCCGAGAUCCGAGUGGAGCUGCCCCUCCCUGUUGCGCUGCGCUUCAUUGUGGUGGAGUUUGCGUCAUUCCAUGAGAACCAUUCCACGUCGUCGUCAUCAUCUCGAGAGUCGCUGCAGUGUCCACGGUGUAACCGUGUGGUAACCAGCCGGCACGGCAUGUGUGUGGUGUGCCAUGAGAACGCCUUCCAGUGCCGCCAGUGCCGCGCCAUCAACUACGACAACCUCGGCGCCUUCCUCUGCGCGCAGUGCGGCCACUGCAGGUAUGGCCGUUUCGAGUUCACUCUGCAGGCGCACCCUUGCCCCUCCUCCAUCGACCAGAUCCUCUCUGACGAAGCUUCCAGGAAGGUCGCUGCAGCGCUGGAGGCCGAGGCUGAGUCAGCCACCCGGCUCCGUCAGCAGCUGCAGGCGCUGCGCCGGCCAAUCGCACGCCUGGUUUCGUCCAUCCUGGAUGAUGACUCAGCUGCUGACGUGGCUGCAGCUAACUGGCUGGAUCAUGACCCGGCUCCAGCAGCAACAGCAGCAGGGUCAAGAGGGGGAGGAGCAGGCGGAGGGGCCAGGGGAGGAGCAGGAGGACUUAAUAGUAUACAAGGCAGAGAACGGGCAGUAGGGGGUCGAUCAGGGCUGGACGGCGGGGGUGGUCUGACCCUGCUGGGAGGUAGGCUUGGGGGGGGACGAGGAGCAAGAGGGGGGCCUGCAGGGGUGGGAGGAGGAGCAGGAGGCGGAGGAGGUGGGCUUCUGGAUUUCGACCUGUUUGAGGAUAUGCUUGCUGCGACUGCUGGCUCUGGUGCUGAUUCCGGUGCUGGUCUGUUCAGUUCGAGUCUAGCCAGUGCAGGGUUGGGGGCAUCAGGCGUACCAGCAGCGUCAUCAGGGACAGGGAGAGCAGCAGGAGGAACAGCAGCAGCAUCAGCAGCAGCAGCAGCAUCAGCCGCAGCGGCAGCAGCAGCAAGCGAGGAGAUUCUGCAGCAGCUGCUGGAAGCCUUCCCGCCCCUCUCUGCUGCUGGUUUGGGUAACUCUAUUGGUACCACAGGUGCUGCUCUUGGUGGUACUGGCAGUGCUGGUACUCCUGGUGGUGUGGGUGCAAGUGGUGCUGCUGGUGAUGCGACAGGUGGCCUUUCUCUCUCCUCUGCCUCUGUCGCAGCAGCAACAGCAGCAGCCGCUCAGGCGCACGUGAGCCGUCGGAUCGCGAUCUUGGGCGCGCUGUAUGCUGACAAGUGUCGCGCUGUGCACCGCAAGCUUGCCAGGUCAGCAGAGAGGAUGGGAGCGCUACAGAUGGCCCUGGCUGAAUACCACCUGCUGGUUGGGUAUCAGAGGAGAAACCGCCGCCGGCAGCAGCAGCUACAGCUGCAGCCGCAGCAGCAGCAGCAGCAGCAGCAGCAGGGGCGGCGGCGGCAGGGCUUGGGUUAUGAGCAGGAGAGCUUGGAACACAGCAGCAGCAGCAGCAGCAGUGGCGGCAGCAGCAGUGGCGGCAGCAAUGGCAGUGGUGCAGGGGUGUGUUUAGACUGUAGCAGCACUUUCGUGGGACUCUGCCUGCAGUGGCUUGAGGCACUCCUCCCCAUCCCAGCUGCCCCCUCCGCCCUCCUCUCUCUCUCUGCUAUCCCCACCCUCUUCUCCUCCUCUCCUCUCUGGACCCCCUCCUCCCGCUCCCGCACCCGCCACCUCCUCUCCCGCCUCGCACUCACCUCCCCAGACGCCCUACACCACCUGCUGGAGCUGAUAGAACCAAGGUUCUCCGCUGCUGGUGGCCGGCUAUCUGCUUGCUGACGUGGCGCCAGCUGUAAAGGACCCGCUGCUGCUCCUUGCUGACCUGUCUUUCUCAUCCUCUGAGUCGACUCAAUCCACGUCCGCAUCUGGCGUGUCGUCUCCUUCGGGGAAGCUUCUCUGUCUGCAGCUGGCCACUCGCCUCUUCUUCCUUGCUCUCACCACCACCCAUGUGCACCCCUCUGUAUCGGACCAUGUGCUGCUGCCACCCUCCGAAUAGUCACCUCCUCCUGCAAGCACGCUACUCUGGAGGCACCAAAGAGACAGGCUGGGGAGACUUCAGGGGCAGCUGUGGGGGAAGCCCAAGGGCGUGAUGGGAUAUCAGGGAAUGCAGUGAUGUUAGGAAACGCAAGUACCAGCAUCCCAGGAGAUGGGGCUUUGCCACCCACAGUUCGCAAGUUUGCCGUCCGCUGGCGCGAUCGCACGCGCGAGCGGAGCGCGGUGGACAGCAGGAUUCAGCUGCUAGUGCGAUCGUUUGGCAGCUGGUGUUUUGGCCGGACUCAAGCGCACGCCUCCUCUGCUCAGGCAGACGAUCGAAUCUCUCUCAGUGCAGAUCUCAUCGCCAGCUGUCGCUCGCCGCCCGCCUCCGAUCCGAGAUAUGCCUUCUGCUGGAGUUGCUGGCAGGGGUGGCCCCUCGAUACAAGCACGCUGUGCUGGAGUCACUGCUCUCCCUCCUCCCUGCAACCACCCACGCAGGCGAAGCCUCAGCAGAGCUCUUCGCCCUCCUCUCCCGCCUCCUCUCCUCUCCCCCCCCACCUACUGCGCCAGACCAACUGAAAGGCUGUCUCAAAGCGGAACCACACCCCAGAGCCUAUCUUCUCAUUUUCUUCCCUUCUCUCAUUUUCCUUCCUUUCAAGAAAGCUUCUCCUCCUCCCUCCAUUCGUCCUCUGCCACUCCCGCUGUCUCCUCAACUCGACCCUCUUCCAGCCGACCCUCGUCGAGCCAACCCUCGUUGGACGAGCCGUCCUUGCAGCACUCGGCGUUGCUCUUCCUAGCGGCACGCGGUCUCCUCCCCGCACUCACCACUUUCAUCUCCCGUGCUGUUGCCCACCUGCAAGCGCACGAGUCCCGAGCCAUGGCACCGCUACUUGCACCCUCCUCCUUCUCGCUCACUACUUUCACCUCCGCCUCUCCUCUCACUCCCUCCUCUUUCUCCGUUUUCGGCCGCAUUGCCCUCGUUUGCUCUCAUUCCUGCGGGUUCGUCUGCCCCUGCCUCCAUGUCAGCACCCUAUCCCAUCCUGCAAGCUGUGCAGCUGCUGCAGCAGGCCCUGCAGCAUCCCAAGCUGCAGCACCUGUUCCUUGGACUCCCCAGCUCCGAUUCUGGUUACCACAGCAGCAGAGUCACCAGCGCCAGCGCCGCUGGCAGUGCCACCAGCAGCCGCAGCAGCAGCAGAAGCAGCAGCAGGGACGGGAGGAAAGGUGCAGCAGGGAGCAGGUGUCUGGUGCUGGCAGUGCGAGCGCUGGUGGGGCUGCAGGGGCUGGUGGUGACGAGGUCGCAGCUGGUGGUGGAGUGCCA